GGACUGACUAACUGCCACUGACAUACCCAGUGACACCAAUACAGUGAUCAGUGCUAAUAAAAAUAUUUCAAACAGGGGCGGACUGACAACUCAUGGGGCCCCCGGCAAUAGGGGAUCAUGGGGCCCCUGUGUCCUUGCCCAAACUCAUAAAAGCCUAUGAAAAAGGUAUCAGGGGCAUCUCAUGGGGCCCCCUACUGACCCCGGCCCUCGGCAGUGCCCGAGUUUCCAAAUGGUCAGUCCACCCCUGAUUUCAAAUA